GAUGCGCGCGAGUAUGGCGCAAUAACCAGAAGGAAAUGCUGCUUAGCUCCACUCCUUAAUGGGCCCUGGGCUAGUGGGAAGGCAUCCCUGACAUCCGGCAGCGGCACUCCAGUUGGCCACUUGUAUUUUAUUUCUGAAGAUCUCACUGCGUGUUAGGGUCCUCUUCCACGUGGACAUAGGGGUCAGAGGGCUGUGGUGACGCAUAGGCACGUGACUGACACCCAUCCGUCAUGGGAAGUGGAUGGGCAGCCUGCUGACAGCACCGGGUGAGAACGCAGCCAGGCACUGACCAGUUCUCCUGUGCUUCUGGUGCCUUCAGACCCUUCUGUUCAUCCUCAGAAUGGCGUAUGCCUGGUAUUGGCUUGAUGACUUGGGGCAGUGGAUUGAAUAUGGGAAAGAGCACCCGAUUUACCCCCAUGCCACGGUAAAUUCUGCAGAUCUGGAGGAGGCAUUUCUAGCUGACCAGAGAGGCACUCUGACAUUUUGUGCUGGUUCUCAGAUAUAUGAAUUAAACUUCAAAGACAUGGUCCAAAGAAAUGUGGUCUAUGCAACUCAAAGAAAAGUUAUGCGGCUGCCAAAAAAUUUGUACUCUCGACGUGAGCAGGACAAAAGCCUGCAUACAGAACCAUCAUGUUCACUUUAUCCUCCAGAAUGGGACCAAUCAGCACUGCCUGAAAUUGGGUACAAGUUGGUAGAUGUUGGCAACACUUCCAGUGAAUAUAAAAGAAUUGAGAGUCUGUUUCAGAAGACGAUGAAAGACUACAGCAUCUGCCGGCUGCAGAGGAUCCAGAACCCAACCCUUUGGCAAAUUUUUCAGUGGCAGAAGGAGCACAUGAAGAAGCUCCACAAAUCAAACUGGGUGGAUGAGCGGCUUCUGUUCCACGGGACAAACGCAUCUCAUGUGCCAGCCAUCUGUGAGCAGAAUUUUGACUGGAGGAUCUGUGGCACUCAUGGGACAAUGUAUGGAAAAGGAAGCUACUUCGCCAGAGAUGCCAGUUAUUCUCAUGAGUACUGUUCCUCUAGGAUCAGCCGCUACAGCAUGUUUGUAGCUCAGGUCCUUGUUGGGAAAUAUGUUCGAGGGGACUCUGAAUACCUUCGUCCUCCACCCACACCAAACAAUCGCAACAGACUUUAUGACAGCUGUGUGGAUAACCCGGAAAACCCUUCCAUCUUUGUCAUCUUUGAGAAGCUCCAGAUUUACCCUGCCUAUAUCUUGGAGUACAGCAGUAGUUCUCUAUGUGUGAUCCUUUAAUGAAUGGCAGAAUAUUCUUUGUAUUUACACUGAAACGUUUUAAUAAAUCUUUUCAUUCAUGUUUGUACAGUUUUA